AUGCGUCGCGACAUCGUCGACCACCGCGACAUCCUCGUCCUCUCCCUCUUUAGUGGGGGUGAGGCUCUUAAUCUAAUGAACGUCUACUCUGACGAUCAACACACAGCCAUUGAGCACCUCGCUGCUCAUGUGCAUUCUUUACCUCCUUUCAUUUAUAUGGCUGGUGACUUUAACUGUGUGUCGACGACUUGGGAUGACUAUGAGCAUGGCGAGUCGUCGACAGCAAUAUCACUGCAGGAUACCGCAUCUCAGAUCGGCCUCGAGUGGGCACGACCUUCUAACCAUGGACCGACGAGGAUCAGUCCUAAUCCAAACCAGAGAUCCAACGUGUUGGAUCUUGUAUUCUUAGCUCCAUCUGAGAUUCUAAUCUCGAUGCCCAGAUUGGAGCACAAUCUCCAGGGUCCGUCAGAUCAUGUCCCAAUCUGUACAGAUCUUGAUAUCGGUCCCGAACUGCCCGGAUCUGGGCGACGGACAAUUAAACCCGGAAGCGAGGCUGAGAAGUCUUUCAUUUCGGAUAUUCUCUGGGAUCUUGCGGCUAUUCCUGUCGCAGCCCCGGCAACCAAGGAAGGCGUUGAAGCUUUAGCUGAUGCUAUUGCGACCGCGUUCUCGGACGCAUGGCUUGUCCAUUCGACCAAGUCCAAACCUACCAAGCGCUCCAAGUCCUGGUGGACGGAUGAGUGCUCGGAGACAUUCGGAGUAUAUCAGCUGAGCCGUUUGCUUGCUGACUACAACAAGUUUAAGAAGGCGUGCAAAGACGCCAAGCAGGAUUUCUUUGAUGAACGCAUCGCAGAAAUCGCUACCUCUCGCAAGCGCCCGUGGGACCUAAUGGAAUGGGUCAAACAGCGCAAGCUACCACCCUGUGAGGCUAUUCGCAAUGGCGACCAGCCUUGCCACGAUAUGGACGACCUCUGGGACGCCCUACACGGCACGUACAACUCGGCCUCUGGUCAUGAGUACGAUGCCUCAGUCUUAGAUGAGCUUCCCGAUGAGCCGGGGUGCUCCAACUCCUCUGCACCAGGACCGGACCACAUUACAUGGGUCCACCUAAAGGAGCUGCUCAAGGAUAAACACGUCCUUGCGCUCUUCAUCGUGCUGGCUAAUGCUUGCCUUCGGCUGGCAACACGCGCAGUGUAUCGCGUCGCCACCCUCUCAGACACCCACCCUCUUCGCUCUAUGAUGGGCGAGGGACUCCUCAAGCGAGCCGCACCACAUGCUCGCUCUGCCGCCUUGAUGACCCCAGCCAUGCGAGGGAAAGUCAAGAGCACUGUCAUGGAGGUGGACGAGCGUGUCCACACCUUAACUGAGAGCUUCGAGCCCUUUGCGCCCAAAGCUCGCCCAGGCGAUCGGUUACUGGACCGCUAUGCGGACCGUCUCCAUUUUGACGAGCGCGACCCUGGCCAGGAUAGGCGCCCAUAUCUAGACGAGCUCAUCGCGAGAGCGAGGGCCGACCCACUAACAGUACUGGCUGCAACUGAUGGCUCUGUCCCUCAGUCCAACCAGUAUCAGGCGGCUUCAGCUGCUAUAAUCUACAAGGGACAUCGCGAGCUUGAAAGGACGUCCGGCCAGAGCCCCGCUAAUGAUCAUCCGCGCAUUACCUUCGUCUACGUCCCAUCCGCUCUGCGGUGGGAUAUCCAUGGUGAAGCACACAAGUACGUCACCGAGCUCAAAGUCAGGGUUGGACGUCGCAAGACGGACAACUCCAUAGAUGCACUACGCUCUCGAGCAGCGCACUCAGUCCUGGAUUCGUGGAGUUCCACUUUCCAGGAUCCAACCUACCGAGGCUCUGAGUUUUUAGAGCUUCAACAGCCUGACGGGCGGCCGCUACAGCCAUCGUACCUCAAUGGGGGACCUUGGCUUUCAACAUUUGGACACAGUAUCACUGAGUUCGCCCGCUACAACCCUACGGCGUUUGGCUUCAACCGGGACCCGUCGGGUGUCGGAUAA